UAGAGGGUAUAGGCAGCACCAAGACCAGGCUACACCCAGUACAGGAACGUCUGGCUAAAGCCCACGGGUCUCAGUGUGGGUUCUGCACUCCGGGCAUCGUCAUGUCCAUGUAUACUCUGCUCAGGAACAGCCCACGGCCGACACAAGAACAGAUAGAGGACAAUUUCAGUGGAAACCUAUGUCGCUGUACUGGUUACAGACCCAUACUUCAAGGAAUGUCAUCAUUUGCCAAGGGUGGUUGCAGAAUGGGAGACCGAUGUUGCCGGGUGAAUGUCUCAGACUCGUCUCCUGGCGCCAUAAAAGGGUCAGACGACGCUGGUUCAAGUGAUGUCUUGAACGGUGUGGCUGAUGGUCACCUAAAGUAUGAUCCGACACAGGAGCCGAUCUUUCCUCCGGAAUUAAAGACCAAGUCUCAUUUGUACGAGACUUCAUUGAGAUUCUCAUCUGAACGCGUCACCUGGCAUCGUCCUGUCACCCUGGAUGAACUUUUCGACUUAAAGAACAACUUUCCCACUGCCAAGAUAGUGGUUGGCAACACAGAAGUAGGAAUUGAAACCAAGUUAAAGAACAUGGAGUAUCCCAUACUGGUUGCUGCUACUCACAUCCCAUCGCUGCAUCAAGUUGAGACGUCAACCAAAGGCAUCACGUUUGGGUCAUCAGUUUCACUUGCAACCGUUGAUGAUGUGCUCCGUAAGGCAAUUGCGGAUAUGCCAGAAUACAAGACUAGAAGCUUCAGAGCCUUUGUAGAGAUGCUGCAAUGGUUUGCCGGUCAUCAGAUCAGAAAUGUGGCGAGCAUCGGUGGAAACAUAACGACGGCUAGUCCCAUAUCGGACCUCAAUCCUCUCCUUGUCGCGGCUGGGGCAACACUCACUGUGGGAAGUAAACACAGUGCCCCGCGAGAUAUCGUCAUGGAUGGAGACUUCUUCAAGGGCUACCGGAGGACUGCAAUCCAAGCUACAGAUGUUUUGAUAUCUGUAACGAUACCAUACACAUUAAAGAACGAGUAUUUCAGAGGUUUCAAGCAGGCUCAUCGCAAGGAGGAUGACAUCUCAAUAGUGAACGCCGGCAUGCGGGUAAGAUUCCUGGAAGGAACCGACGUCGUGGAAGACCUUGUUUUGGUAUACGGCGGCAUGGCAGCAACAACAGUAUUGGCAUCAAACACUCGGGCAGGACUCCGUCAACAGGAAUGGAACGACCAACUGUUCGAAAAGGCUUGUGUGUUACUUGCGAGUGAUCUCCCCUUGGAUCCUGGCUCACCAGGUGGCAUGGUAGAAUACCGGCGUGCUCUCACAACCAGCUUCUUCUUCAAGUUCUUUGUUGAUGUUAGAGAAAAGCUGCACGGUUGUAAGGAAAACACACAGAAUGAUACAGGAGAUGUUACACAGGAUGUAACACAAGGUUUGAGUGAGGGCGUGCAGUUGUACCAAGCUGUGGCACCCGAACAGGACCCGGAUGAUGCAGUUGGUAGACCACUUGUGCACACUUCCGCUCUCCAGCAGACGACAGGCGAGGCUAUAUAUGUGGACGACCUGCCAAAGGUCGAAGGUGAGCUGUAUGCUGCGUUAGUCAUGAGUACAAGGGCACAUGCCAAACUGGUGUCUGUAGAUCCUUCAGAGGCACUACGCAUGCGUGGGAUUAUCGACUACGUCAGCCUCAAGGACAUCCCCGGAUCUACAACAUGGGGUAUGAUUGUACCUGACGAAGAGGAAAUAUUUGCGUCUGAAAAGGUGAUAUUCGAAGGCCAGGUGAUCGCGUGCAUAGUAGGAGAGUCACAACAGGCGGCUCGGAGGGCAGCCAAGAAGGUCAAGGUUGAAUACGAGGAACUGACACCAGUAAUUACAAUAAAGGAAGCCAUUGAGGCCAAUUCCUUCUUCGGACCUGAGGUAACACUCGAAACUGGUGACCUGGAAGAAGGAUUCGGGGGAUCCGAUCAUGUCAUUGGAGGAGAGCUUCAUAUUGGGCCUCAGGAACAUUUCUACCUGGAGACUCAAGUGGCCGCAGCGAGACCCACCAAUGAGGAUGGAGGAAUAGAGGUCAUCUCUAACACACAGUUUCCGUCGGGGACUCAGCACAAAGUUGCAGCAGCACUCAACAUCCCGGCAAACCGAGUAGUGUCGAGAGUGAAGCGUUUAGGGGGUGGAUUUGGAGGCAAGGAGGGUAAGACGAAUAUGGUAGCUCUCCCAGUAGCGGUAGCAGCAGCAAAAUUAAACCGCCCAGUCCGGUGCAUGUUGGAGCGAGACGAGGACAUGGUGCUGACAGGGGGGAGGCACGCCUAUUUGGCCAAAUACAAGGUUGGAUUCACGAAGACUGGACUGAUCAAGGCUCUCGAGGUCAAUCUCUUCUCAAAUGCCGGCUGCACUAUUGAUCUGUCACAUCAAGUGAUGGGCCGUUCUCUGUACUCCAGCGACAACGCUUACAACAUCCCCAAUAUCAAGGUGACGGGGCAUGUGUGUAAAACUAACACUGCCUCAGCCACAGCAUUCCGGGGUUUUGGUACUCCCCAGGCGAUGUUGGUGACGGAGACGUGGAUGGAUGCUGUGGCGGACGUCGUCGGGAGAUCGGCUGUUGAGGUACGAGAAAUAAAUCUGUACAGGGAGGGUGAGAUGACCUACUAUGGAAUGGAGGUCAAGGACGCCAAUGUCAGGAGCAUGUGGGAUCAAUGUAUCAGCCAAUCAGAUUACGUCGUUAGACGGAACCACGUGGACGACUAUAACAGCAAACAUCGCUGGAAGAAGAGAGGGCUGGCGCUAAUACCUACCCAGUACGGAAUGUCGUUUUCAGCUCCCAUCAAUCAUCUGAACCAGGCAUGUGCUCUAGUGACGGCCUACAUGGAUGGUUCGGUGCUGCUUGCCCACUGUGGAGUUGAGAUGGGACAAGGACUGCACACGAAGAUGAAACAGGUGGCUAGCCGCGCACUGGGGGUCCCCGUGGAGAACAUCUACACACAGGACGUGUGUACUGACAAAAUCCACUUCACAAGUGCCACUGCUGCCAGCACUGGAUCUGAUCUCAAUGGGGGCGCUGUUAAGAACGCCUGUGAGAUUCUCUCCAAGAGACUGCAGCCCUACAGGGACGCCAACCCGAAAGGGACGUUGAAGGAUUGGGUAACAGCCGCAUACUUCGAUCGGAUACAUUUGUCAGCAGCGGGAUUUUACAGAGGAGAAGAGUUGGAAGUGGAUCCUGCAACAGGGAAGGGCCGCUACUACAGCUACUUUACGACUGGUGUAGCAUGUUCUGAAGUGGAGAUCGACUGUCUCACGGGAGACCAUCAGAUUUUACGGACUGACAUUGUGAUGGACGUGGGCAAGAGUCUCAAUCCCACCCUAGAUAUUGGUCAGAUAGAAGGGGCAUUUAUGCAGGGAUAUGGGCUGUUCUGUUUAGAACAACACAAGACCACGCCCUCGGGGAGCAUUCUGACACGGGGACCAGGGACCUACAAAAUCCCCAGUUUCAAGAACAUUCCGAUAAAGUUCAACGUCAGUCUACUCAAGGAAAGCUGCAACCCUAAGGCCAUCUACUCGUCAAAGGGCAUCGGUGAACCUCCUCUGUUCCUGGCGUCGUCGGUGUUUUUUGCCGUCAAGGACGCCAUCAAGUCGGCGCGAGAGGACGCAGGGGAGAGCCGUUGGUUCCGUUUGGACAGUCCGGCCACGCCCGAGAGGAUCCGGAUGGCAUGCCAGGAUCAGUUCACCAAACAGUUUGCCCCUGCCGAGGAAGGGACGUUCAAACCAUGGUACGUGGAGCUGUGAGGAACCAGGAACACCAGGACUCAACUAUCAUUAAAUAUAUAUGAAUGCUGCAUAGAUGCGUAAUAACACUGCACAUUGGAGGUUUCGAUAACAACCUACACGGAAAACAAUGGCUUGGAUGUUGAUUUUACGCUAUGUGUGUGAAUGAGUAUGGUUUUACGCCACUUUUAGCAACAUUCCAGCAAUAUCACGGCGGGGGACACAAGAAAUGGGCUUCACACAUUGUACACAGGUCGGGAAUCAAACCCGGGUCUUCGGCGUGACGAGCGAACGCUUUACCCACUUGACUACCCGACCGCCCCUUUGCCCUAUGUAAUCAUGUUAAUGUUUUGUGCGAGGACAAACACUGGUGGCUUAAUGAUGGCAUAGCGAAUAUUAAUAUCAGUUAUGUACGAUGACUAAUACGCAUGGUUAUGGGACUUAUAUAUACACGAUUAUCAAAACAUGGCUAUAGUGAGUUGGUGAGCUUGGUUUUACGCCGCUUUUAGCAAUAUUCCAGCAAUAUCACGGCGGGGGACACCAGAAAUGGGCUUCACACAUUGUACCCAUGUCGGGAUUCGAACCCGGGUCUUCGGCGUGACGAGCAAACGCUUUAACCACUAGGCUACCCAGCCGCCCCAAACAUGGCUACAACCCAAUGAAACGUAACCUGGAUACAAAAACAAUAAAUGUUCGGAGGUAUCGAAAAUAAACUUUCCCAAUAUCAAUAUUGUUAAAUGCGUUUUUUGAUUAUGUGAGUGAAUGUUGUGUACUGCCGCUGUCAUCAAUUGUUUACAUGUGUCUCGGCGACUCGUGAAUGGUCGUGUCAGGACCGAGCGCAUCAGUACACGAAAACAGUGACCCACGCCAUUGGGUACCAGGACAUUCAACCUUGCAAGCGAAAGUGCCUGACAAACUGAUCCCGAAUAGCAAGAGAAAUGAACAUGACAUUCGAUGGCGAGAACGUACAUGUACCUUUAACGUUAAACCUUAAAGGCUGGAGCUGCUGGAAUAUUGUUUGAAAAAAGGAUAUUUGACUGUUGCAAAGUUGAAGUCAUCGCACUUUUCAUACAGUUUUGUAGGCAUUUUUUCAUCACUUUGAAUCUUUAUGCAUGAUAGAUCUGAGUAUGAAACAAGUCCUGAUAUGCUUAGUUGAAACAUGGGGCACGGGUGGCCCAGUCGUCUAAGGCGCCGCGAUUCGCUGCGCAGUGUUGCGUCCCUUGGGCACACCAGAAACCUAUGAUUGUGGGCUCGAAUCCCGGUUCGCCCC